CCUUACCUUCUCACUUCCACCCAAACAUAGCCAAUCAGAUUGAUCGGCUGAUUUGAGAAUGCAUGAUUAUACAAGUCCAAAAAGAAAAAAAAUAAGGGGCAUAGGUGGUGGGGAUCGAAAGUGAAAGAAAGAAGAAUCUCAAAUCUCCUCCUGAACACGACACUCUUGACUCUGAGGAAUUUUACCCAAAAAAAAAAAAAUUCCCACAAACCGUCAUAUCUUUAGCUCUCUCUCCAAAUUGUUGUAGAAAAUUUGAAUUUGAAACUUAGGUGAGAGAGACCAGAGACAAAUUUGAUCCAUAUAUAUGCUGCAUUUGCAUUUUGAAGCAUAGAGAAGAGAAGCCCAGAAAACGAACCCACCAAAUUGAAUUCGAUGAUUUUGUUGCAGCCUCAUUCCAGAUUUCUCCUUCAAACCUUGUUGAAUCGGGUUCAGAAUCUCGAGAAGGCAGUUGAGCUUGAUUACCACUGGGUUGAGUUCGAUGAUGUUCGCUACCAUGUUCAGGUGUCGAUGAAGAACCCAAAUGUCCUGCUAUUAUCUGUCUCAUUACCCAUCCCUCCUCCGGAGACUGUUUUCUUGGGUGGACUUCCUUUUGGAGCCAUAGAAGCUAUAAAGGCUUCUUAUGGUGUGAUUGUGCAGAUUCUUGAUCCCCCAAGGGAUGGCUUUAAUCUCACUUUGAAACUCAAUUUGUCAAAACUUCCUCCAGAUGAAGAGUUCAGGCAUUCUCUUUUGGUAAAGAUUGCAUCUGUUAGGGAAGUAGUUCUAGGUGCCCCUUUAAGAUUAGUUCUAAAGCAUCUUGCUACAAGGACUGUUGCUCCUGAUAUGGAUCAGCUUCUUGCCCUUGUGCAUCGGCCAAAUGAGUCUUUUUUCCUUGUUCCACAGGCAGAAAAGGUUACUGUCGUAUACCCGAUGAGAUUCAAGGACUCUAUAGAUACUUCGCUUGCAACUUCCUUCCUUCAGGAAUUUGUGGAAGCAAGGCGUACAGCUGCACUUAAUAAUGCUCCUCCUUGUUUGUGGUCUCCUACUCCCCCUCAAGAAUUGAAGGAAGCUCCUGCUUAUGCACUCUCUGCAAAUGCAGGAUUUGUAUCUUUUGGUAAUGUCAGAAGAACCAGUAGAGUUCUUUCCUUUAUUUUCAUCCUCACCAUGACAAAUUUUAAUCCAAAAAAUGGUGCAGUCAUUUUUCCUCGCCAUGUAGAAGGCAAAAAGUUGGACCGUACAGUAUGGAAUUUAUCGACAUUUCAUGCAUAUGUUAAUUAUCAUGUUAAGUGCUCAGAAGGUUUCAUGCACACUCGCAUGCGACGUCGUGUGGAGUCUUUGAUUCAGGCAUUGGAUCGUGCAAAGCCUGAUUUGGAGGAAAAAAAGAAAUCACCAAAUAGCAGAUCUUUCAAACGGCUGAGUCUAAAAGAAGCCAAGGCUAAUUCGAAAUCUUGAAGGUGGAAUUUGUCUCCUCUUGUAGCUAUGAAGAACUUGUUGCCACCUGUGCAUGAAAGGCUGCUGCAAGUGCUUGUACUAAGUUUUUUCCAAUGGAAAAACAGAAAGGGAAGAUGUUCACUUGUUAACAUGUAGAAUUUUGGUGGCAGUUGGCUGCCUUUGAACUGCAAACUUCCAAACUUUUUAGGUCAAUUUUUGUUCAAUUUACCAGUCCUGUGCCUGUCUAGAACAUUGCUUUAGUUUGUCCUUGGUCUUUAUUAUUUUCUUUAGCAUGUCCAUGAAAUUUAACCAAAUGGGUGUUGGUUGUAAA